CUUUUGACGGGCUCCUCUCACUUUGAACCGGUGUCAACAAACAACAACAAUAUAUUUCGCCCCAGCUAGACCGCUUUUGCACCCGCGUUCCCCCCAAAGUCUCACCACCGGUGAUUAAAACCAACAGAAUGAGAAACAUACUCUUUUAACUAGCCCUGAACCACUUUCUACUUUUUUUGUCGUCAAUUUUGACUUCUCAGAGGCUUGUGGCUGUCCCGGGACAGUGCUUGGCUUUAGCACGGGCGCGGCUAACUUUUAUCGAAGCUAACCCAGGAUAAUUUUCAGGAAAUUUCUAACAGGCGACGGGGAGACCUUUGUAACGACGUCCUCCUGCCGCAAAGUCGGUGCUGGAGGAGCAGCCUCCCCGUUAGGAGGAGGUUCCUGCAGUGUUUGGGGUGUCGGUGGUAUGACUGCGUUGGCAGGGUCAAUACCCAGGAUGAUGCGACCCACGCUGGCUCAGAACUACCCCCGCAGCGGCUUCCCUCUGGAAGUGUCUACCCCGCUGGGUCAAGGCCGAGUCAACCAGCUCGGAGGAGUUUUCAUAAAUGGUAGACCUUUGCCCAACCACAUCCGGCAUAAGAUUGUGGAGAUGGCCCACCACGGAAUCAGGCCGUGUGUCAUCUCCCGACAGCUCCGGGUCUCCCACGGCUGCGUGUCCAAAAUCUUGUGCCGCUACCAGGAGACCGGCUCCAUCAGACCCGGGGCCAUCGGAGGCAGCAAACCCAAGCAGGGAACAUCGCCGGACGUAGAGAGGAGAAUAGAAGAAUACAAGCGGGAAAACCCGGGUAUGUUUAGCUGGGAGAUUCGGGAUAAAUUACUGAAGGAUGGGAUAUGUGACCGCAACAACGUUCCUUCAGUGAGCGCCAUCAGUCGCAUAAUGCGGAGUAAGUUUGGGGGGAAAGGCGAUGAAGAAGAGGAUGAAGAUGAAAUUGAGAAGAAAGAGUUGGAGGACAGCGACCGGAGGGCCAAACACAGCAUUGAGGGCAUCUUAGGAGACAGAUCGAGUCACUCAGAUGAAGGUUCAGACGUGGAGUCGGAGCCCGAUCUGCCGCUGAAAAGGAAGCAGCGGCGCAGUCGGACCACCUUCACUGCAGAGCAACUGGAAGAGCUGGAGAGGGCCUUCGAAAGAACGCACUAUCCCGACAUCUACACCAGGGAGGAGCUCGCUCAGAGGGCCAAGCUCACGGAGGCCAGGGUGCAGGUGUGGUUCAGCAACAGGCGAGCCAGAUGGAGGAAGCAAGCUGGAGCCAAUCAACUGAUGGCAUUUAAUCACCUGAUUCCAGGGGGCUUCCCACCAUCAGCCAUGUCCAGUAUCUCUCCCUACCAGCUCGCUGAUAGCACCUACCCCCCCUCAUCCAUAGCCCAAGUGUCAGAGCCCCCCAGCACGGUGCAUCGCCCCCAGCCUCUCCCUCCCUCCACGGGCCACCAGGCCUCCGGGGGUGGAGGACAGGGAGAAGGAGGCUCCUCUUACUGCCUUGCCUCCGGACGCCACUCCUUCUCAGGCUACUCAGACAGCUUUGUGAGCCCUGGAGCACCAACCAAUCCCAUGAACCCUUCCAUAGGGAAUGGGCUCUCUCCACAGGUGAUGGGUCUGCUGAACCCAGGCGGUGUGCCACAUCAGCCCCAAAGCGACUACGCCAUCUCCCCACUGACAGGCGGCCUCGAGCCCCCGGCCGGCAUGGCUGCCAGCUGCAGCCAGCGGAUGGAUCACAUCAAGGGCCUGGAGGGUCUCACCAGCGUUCCUUCCAUGUCAGCUCUGCCCUCCCUGCCCAGCUCCCAGUCCUAUUGCCCCCCUUCCUACAGCUCACCAGGCUACACCGUCGACCACGUGGCGUCCUACCAGUACAGCCAGUACGGACAAAGUAAGGUACCCUUCCUUAUCUGAGGCCUGAAAUCACCUGAUGAGCAGCUUCACUGAAGGCCCCGUGCGCGUGUGUGUGUGUGUAUGUGUGUGUGUGUGUGUGUGUGUGUGUGUAGCAGCAGAAAUAUUUUAAUAUCUGGACCAAAUCUUUUUUUUUUUAAACCAUUUACUGGGACAUAUUCUCUACUGCAGGAUGUUACGUUAUUUUUCUUGGUGGAGAAAUGGACAAAAAAAAAAAAAGGGACCACAAGAGAAAAUAUGGGAGCAAAAACUGUUGAUUAACCACAAACAUUUCUAUUGUAGAUGAACGGUGGACAUUCCAGCGCUUACUGUUGUUGGGUCAGUGGAGCUCUGAACAUCUGCUGUGCCACAAAGUGGAACUUUCACAGCCAUCUCUGCCUGUAAGGACGGAGAACCCAAACCUAUCAUCACAGACUACCUUUGAGCACAUGCUCGAAGGGACAUGUUUACAUAUCUCUGCACCACGUGAGCGCCUGGAAGAUUCCCAAAUUAAUCCUCAAAUUGUACGGCGGGAAGAAAAGGGCUUUGUUGAUUUUGUUGCAUUUAUUUGACAUCUCAGCAUCCCACACAUGGAGAGAAAUUCCAGAGAGAAGGAAAACAAACUCGAACUAACAGUGUUUUUUUACUUUUUUUUUAUUGUGUCAGAAAGUCUAAUGUACACCACAGCUGUACUGCAGAGAAAGUUAAUUCAAACAUUCCUCCUGCCCCCUCCGCCCCCUCUGCCUCUCCCCCUCAUUGAUGUUUCGGGACGGUGAGGCCUUUUGUCGUUUUAAAGAGGAACUUUAAAAAGGUCAAGAGGUGACUUUAGGGAAAGUGACAGAUGAGAGAGCAGUAGAGGAGGGUGGCAGAGAAAUGGGUUUAAAAGAGGGCGUAUGGAGGGGGGGGGGGAGACAAGCUAGAUCGAUCACAGCGUUAAAAAAAAAAAAAAAAAAAAAACUCUAAAGAUCUUCUCCUGGCAAGAAAAAUCCAGCGGGUCACAAGUCACGACCAAGAGACACUUGAGAAAGCAAGAAAGCAAAAGAGUUUAGACUGAAGACAGCCACUCUCCUAGCUGAGCAGAAGUGCAAUAUCAUGUAUCUUAGAGUCAACUUCAGCAUUAAAACAAUAAGAAAAUCAAAUGUGCCUCUUGAUGUCAUUCUCUGGAUCUAGUUUGGAAGUUUGCAAAGGAGCAACACAUGUGCGUUUGAAGGCUUUUGGGUCCAAACAAAUAGGAAACACUGCUAAUAUUGCUAAAAGAGCACUCUGAGGGGACCACAUUUGUAAGGACUUAAAGGUCUCGAGAGGAGGACUUGAGUGAAGGGAAUGCCAGUAUAAAGAGCAAAUGAAGGAAUGACAAAGCCAAAAUUGUAUUUUUUUAUUUCUUUGUGUUGUUUGGAAAUUUUUUUUUUUUUUUAAACUUCCGUUUUACAAAAGCAGGAAAUACUGAUUAGAUUUUCGAUGCAUUCCAGACAUAUUUAUUGUCACGAGCGUCCUGUGUGUCAAAGAGCAUCAUUAAAGAAAAAAAAACCUUUCCGCAGAAAUCCUUUAUCCAUGAAAUUGUGAAUAGCAGAGUGUCCUCACCAGCGCUCUUGUUUUGUCCUUCUGUCUAUAUUAGAAUGAAGCAGUCCUUUCAUUCAUUUGAUAUUUUUUUUGUAUUAUUUGACAAAGCGAUAUGACAUGAUGUCAUGUGUACAAGCGCAUUAUCACUCCUAUUUAUAAUAAAAUGAAACUUCCAAAAAUA